CUGGAUCGCAGCGCUUGUAGUGGCAACGGCAGGAGACCCUCAAGAAAUUUACGGUGAUUUGCAAAAAUGGAUGACUGGGAAGAAAAGGAUGCAGGCGCUACUAGCACUACCUCAAGUUUUGCCAGUGGAGGAAACUCGUGGAACAGUGGAGGGCAGAAAAACAGCUUCUCCAAAAACGACAAUGAGGGAAGUUCCUGGAACAGUGGAGGAGGAGGAUUUGGGGAAAGAGGUGGAAGCAGAGGCCGUGGCGGCGGAGGAGGCGGAUUCAGCCGUUCAUUUUCCUCAGGAGGUGAUGAAAACGGAAAUAAGGAAGAUGGUGAUGGCAGCUCCUGGAAUGGUGGGGGCAGAGGGGGGUUUCGAGGCAGAGGUGGAGGAGGCUCAAGAGGAGGAUUUAGAGAUUCAAAUAACUCUGAUAACGCUGAAAAUGGAAAUGACGGUGAAUUCAGAAGUGACUUUGGAAGAGGAAGAGGACGUGGCAGAGGGGGCAGUGGUGGCUUCCGGCAAGAGGGAGGAGGUGAAGACGGAUUCCAGGGGAGUGGAGGUUUCAUGGGAAGAGAUGAGGAAUUCGUUCCCAAAGGAAAAAGGGACAAUGAAAGUGGAGGUGAUGGAGAAAAUGCCGGUCCGAAGGUGAUCUAUGUUCCUCCCCCAACCCCGGAAGGGGACGAUGCUGUCUUUGCUAAGUUCCAGACAGGCAUUAAUUUUGAUAAGUAUGAUGACAUCUUAGUGGAUGUGAGUGGAAGCAACCCGCCGCCAGCCAUCAUGACCUUUGUAGAAGCAAGCCUGUGCGAGUCGCUGAGCAAAAACAUCAGCAAGUCAGGUUAUGUGAAACCCACGCCAGUGCAGAAGUAUGGCAUCCCCAUCAUCAUGGCAGGCAGGGACCUCAUGGCCUGCGCCCAGACUGGAUCAGGAAAAACCGCUGCCUUCCUGUUGCCCAUCCUGCAGACGCUGAUGAGAGACGGGGUGGCAGCUAGCCAGUUCAGCGAGCAGCAGGAGCCUGAGGCCAUCAUCGUGGCCCCUACCCGAGAGCUCAUCAAUCAGAUCUACCUGGAGGCGCGCAAGUUUGCCUACGGGACGUGUGUGCGCCCGGUGGUGGUGUAUGGAGGCAUCAGCACUGGGUACACCAUCAGGGAGGUCCUGAAGGGCUGCAACGUGCUCUGUGGAACUCCAGGAAGACUGCUGGACAUCAUCGGAAGAGGAAAGGUUGGAUUGAGUAAAUUGCGUUACCUGGUGCUGGACGAGGCGGACCGCAUGCUGGACAUGGGCUUUGAGCCGGACAUGCGCAGGCUGGUGGGCUCUCCCGGGAUGCCCCCGAAAGAGGAGAGGCAGACUCUGAUGUUCAGCGCCACUUAUCCGGAGGAGAUCCAGAGGCUGGCUGCAGACUUCCUGAAGGUUGAUUACUUGUUUCUGGCUGUGGGUGUGGUUGGAGGAGCCUGUAGUGAUGUCGAGCAGCUGAUCAUGGAGGUGAACCAGUUCUCCAAGAGGGACCAGCUGUUGGAGAUACUGAAGACUACAGGAAAUGAGCGUACAAUGGUGUUUGUGGAAACCAAACGCAAGGCAGAUUUCAUCGCCACGUUUCUCUGUCAGGAGAAGUUGCCCACAACUAGCAUCCAUGGAGACCGUGAGCAGCGGGAGAGGGAGCAGGCUCUCUGUGACUUCCGCACUGGGAAGUGUCCUGUCCUGGUGGCCACGUCCUCGCUUGCCAGGGGCUUGGACAUUGAGCAUGUGCAACACGUUGUGAACUUUGACCUCCCCAACAACAUCGAUUGA